UCGGACUGCUUCAAUCUCCUGUCCAAAGCGAGUGAGAUUACAUUAAUCGGCACGGCAGGCUAAAGGCGCUGAGUAGUCAAGGUACUGCUGUGUGUUGACGCUUCGCUCUGCUGUGUUCAGAUCUGAACGAAACCGACAGUGUUUGGGCAGGUUCCGAGCACUGACCCACUACAGGAGGGAGAAUCCCCAGCAGAGCGGCCUCGGUGCGGUCCUGUUAUUGUCGCCGGAUGCACAGAGAUGGGAGAAUGGACAAUUCUAGAGAGGCUGUUAGAGGCAGCCGUCCAGCAGCACUCCACAAUGAUAGGAAGGAUUUUGCUGACAGUGGUGGUGAUCUUCCGGAUCCUGGUCGUGGCGAUUGUUGGAGAGACGGUGUAUGAUGACGAGCAGACUAUGUUUGUCUGUAACACUCUGCAGCCGGGCUGUAACCAAGCUUGUUACGACAAGGCUUUCCCCAUCUCCCAUAUACGGUACUGGGUGUUCCAGAUCAUCAUGGUGUGCACUCCCAGCCUUUGCUUUAUCACUUACUCUGUCCACCAAUCCUCCAAACAGCGGGAGAGACAGUACUCCAGUGUGUUCAUCACUAUGGACAAGGACAAGAAGAGAGAGGACAAUAAGAUUAAAAAUACAGUAGUGAAUGGGAUUCUCCAGAACUCAGAAAACUCCAUGAAAGGGACACAGUCAGACUUUUUAGAAGUUAAAGAAAUACAAAACUCCUCUGCCAGAAACAGUAAGAUGUCGAAGAUACGACGGCAGGAAGGAAUCUCUCGUUUCUACAUCAUCCAAGUUGUUUUCAGGAAUGCUUUGGAGAUUGGUUUCCUCAUGGGGCAGUAUUUCCUCUAUGGUUUUAAUGUCCCUUCUAUGUAUGAGUGUGACCGCUACCCGUGUAUUAAAGAGGUUGAGUGCUACGUGUCCAGACCCACGGAAAAGACGGUCUUUCUUGUCUUCAUGUUUGCAGUGAGCGGACUCUGUGUCAUUCUGAACCUAGCAGAACUGAAUCACCUGGGCUGGAGGAAGAUCAAGACAGCAGUCAGGGGGGCGCAGGAGCGGCGGAAAUCCAUCUAUGAAAUCAGAAACAAGGACUCGCCGCACCGAAUGGGUGUACCUAACUUUGGGAGAACUCAAUCCAGUGACUCGGCUUAUGUGUGAAGCCGAAAUGCCCCCCACUCCCCAGCCUCUUGCCAUUUCCUCAUGGCUUCAUUGCCAAGGUAAUGUUAGAUAACAUUGAAUAAAGUAUCCCAAGGGAUGACUCUUUGGCUACAAUCUGAUUACCUUGCCUGCUACCUUGGGAACUGCCAAAUAGAACCUAAGUAUAUGAACUUCGUCCUGAAUAUCAGAAUGAACACAUUGCAUUUCCGCCUUGUUGAGAGAUAGCAACAAGUAACUGUGCUGUUUGCUCUCACCUAUUUUGUUGUGCACUUUAGAACUUUCACUUGUAAAUAGCUCUUUCAAACGUGUAGAUAUAUAACUCGUACAAGGUUAAAAACAUGCAUGAUAUCUUUGUCGGAAGACUGGAGUAAACUGAAUGAUUUCCAUGUGACUAUACUGAAUGACCCCAAGGCACCGGGGGCUCAUGUUAUUUGCACUAUGUCUCUAAUGGGCUUCACAGCGAUGAUCUAUCCAGCCAGCUGGCUGCAGUGGUAUCUCAGUUGGUGUUCCUCAGUGACUGGAAAUGGUAUGGAAUACCCUGCGAUUUCACUUCAAGAUCACACGCAAGCUGUGUUUGGAGGUGUGCGUUUUAGUACAGGCUCGUGAGUCCUGUGCACAGAUGCUGUCCUGGGAAUCUGGAGUAGACAACAGUUAUAGAUUUCUUUAAAAUUAUGAUUACUGUGAUUACGAUUAUUGUUCAUUUAAAUGUAGUCACGUACAGUUGAAAUGAAGUCCUUUUAGGCAAUCUAUUUUGUACCAAGCAUCCCAGUCUUCAUGCUGUGAUUGGAAUGUUACCCUAUACUUGCCUGUCUAUCCCCACCAUCAACCUUAAAUGUAUGGACAUCUUUGUAUCUGAGUCUAUUUGAAAUACCAUAUACAGCACUUUUACAUUCUCAAUGAAUAUCAGACAGUGCACAAGUCAGAGAUUUACUUAUUUAUAUUGAUGAUUAUUUAUUCUCUAUGUUCGAACUAGUUUGUAAUGUGUAUAGCUGAAUGGAACAAAGCACAUGUCAAUCAGUGAAUAAGCCAUUUCCCUGUCAUAAAAUUCAAUUCUGAUAUAACUUACAGAGAAAAAAGGGCUCUCACAGGUCCCCUGGACAAUCCUUAUCUAUAGUCAAUAGAUUGGGGACGCAAACAGGGGUGGUUUCAUUUGAAAUAAAAAGGCUAAAUUACAUUUUCCCAUAAUUAUGUAACACCAUGUGUUUCAUGUGCACCACCCAUCUCCAGUUUCAUCAUCAUUAUUUGGUUUUUAUCUCAGUACCUUGCUGAGUGCAAAGUGACUGUUUUGAUUCCAAUGGGAGAACAGUAACUAUACUUCAAAAUAUGCAUAAUUAGAUGUAAACCUUUGAAUAUACUGAGAUCAGGAAAGGUUCUAUUUAAAUGUUCAUUUUUAGGGAAUGACUUCAGCAAAGUCAUUUUGUUAAUGCUUUUUUUGAGUGCCAUACAUUUAAUGCAAGCAAAUAUCAAAUUAGAAUAAAAUUGCUAUGGACAAAAUUGACUUAUAUCUACUUGUAUACAGUUUUUGAUGUCACCUUGCUACCAUUUAUUUACAGCAUCUUGUUAGCUCACCUGUACUAAUUGUUACACAAAAAUAAAGUUUUGUAAGUGAAAUGUCUGGUCUGCUUACUCAGCUCUAGCUCACUGAGAGAACAAGAAACUUAGAUCCAUCAACUGUAACUGAACCAAUUUUAAUAUUCAUCUUUUCUGGAAAACAGAAAAUGUCAGUAUUGAGAGCUAAAGUCAAAAAUAUUAUGAAUAUUCAAAGAUAGGACAUGGAAUUUGUGGAAAGUGUGAUCUUAAUAUUUUUAAGAAAUUAAAAUGCUAAAAGAAUCUGAUGUUUAGAGUUAAAGUAACAAUUGUGCCUUUGUCAAAUGAGAAAUGGAGAAGCGGUAGAGCUAGUCUCAAUGUGGACCAAAUAUUUCAGCUGCAAAUAUACGGAAAAGCUAAUGUUAAAACAUGUUAAAUUUAUUGUACAACUUUUACUACAGUGAAUAAUAUGAGGUUGUAUGUAUUGUUUUGUUUGCAUAUACGUGUUAUCUGUUUUUGUUGAAUCUUACAUUACAC